AUGGAGACAGAUGAGUCGGGCCCGUCUCCGGCAUCUAUAGAGAUUGACGUCAAUGACUUUCCCGACUCCGCUUAUAUUGACUUGCUAAAUCACUAUGUUGAAGCAUUCUUUGAUCUCGAUUACGAGACAAACGCUAGCCAUCAACUUUAUCCAAGUCGAAUCACCAUCGACAGGGCGUACUAUGGCCCUCAGGAAGCUGAAGAUAGAAGAGAAGAGACUGUUGAAGAGGAUGUGGAAAACGACAAUUUCUCCGAGAGAGAGGAUAGUGAAGAUCUGAAUGGACACAAUGAGUCUCUACUGAAUAGUCAUUUGAAUAGGAGCAAAAAUUCUAGUGCAAACUCCAAUGGAACUAGCAAAAGAGGGCUAAAUUAUAUCUCUAAUGCUACUCGAAUAACCGAAGAUGUCUCUUGGGAGGCUUCCAAUGGUAGCACUAAUGGUGAAUUUGGUGAUAUCUCGAAUGAUACUUCCAAUAAUAUCGGCAAUGAAAUCUCCAAUGAUACUUCCAACGAUGUCUGCGACAGAACACCACUUGACGAUCUUCCAGGAUCACUAUGGACUGCAAAAGAGAAAGAAAUCUUCUUCAGAUGCCUCGCCCGUUACUCCAUUCACAACAUCGACAACUUCAUCCCGCAUCUUCCUGGAAAGUCUGUCUCAGAAAUUUCACAAUAUUAUAUGCUUCUAAAACGGGAGCUACGGCGCUUGGAAACUUAUAAAACGCACGAUGUGGUUUUCAAAGAUGCCGACACACCACCUAACCUUAGAGUUCAGUACUGUUAUGUCUCCCAUACAUUCGAGGACGGUGCAUCCUACUCGGAAAUCCCAAUUGCAUGUGAACUGAGCCAGGAAUGGCUCAGAUACGAGGAAGAGCAGAGCUUCCGUAUUUGUCUGCGAGAAUACAAUCAGGAAUUGACCAACGAGAAGGCUCGACGCAAAAAUAUGGUGCUUAAGUACGGCCAUGCAGUGGGAGGACCUCUUGACACCCACGAAUAUGGAAUUCUCCACUCCAGGGGCCUUCUCAAUAUCCAGAAAUUGUACCGGGCCAGCAAAUUUGCCCAAGAGGUCGGAAACAUACAACCUCGAGUAUUCCGGUUUGAUACUACAACGUUUUUGGAUGAGUUGAUUCGCCAGAGAGUGAAGGACAUAUUGGGGACGCUAGUUGUCAACCGAGGACUCGAAGGAGCGUCUCUAGCACAGCCUGAAUUUGAUUUCUCCGAAAAUGGUGAUUUGAAGAAGGAAUUUGAUCAGCAUUUACAGACAGUAGUCUCAAGAGCCGACAUGUAUAAAGCCAUCGAGAAGUUAAAGUUAUUUGAGGCACCGGUAACGGGUUACAAGUCGAAAAACAGGGAUGGAAAGUCACCAGUGAUAGACACGUAUUGGUCAAACAUUCAAAAGUCGUUGCAGUUGAACGUCAAGGACAAUGUGCUGCUGAUACGUGAGGGAUUUAAUUGGCAAUAUUAUAAGCCCCAUAUUCGGGAGUAUGAGGAAACUGAUGCUUUUUUGGAAGGGGAUGAGGACAAAGAAUGGGAGUACCAUGAAGAGGUGGUGGAUUUCAGUGCACUAGGUUAUUAUAGUGAACCGGAGAACUUGGAUAGCUCGAGAGCUCCGGAGUCUGAACAACUUGAGGAAAUCGAGGAACUGGAAGAUCUGGAAGAGCAGGAAGAAUUGGAAGAACAGGAAAAACAGGAGGAACUGAACAAGCAGGAAGAACAGGAAGAACCGGCAGAACUGGACAAGCUAGAAAAAUUCAAAAACCUGAAAAGAUGCAGAGAACUGGAAGAACCGGAAAAACUGGAAGAAGCCGUUCUGGAGUCUCCAGACGAAUUCCGUAUCAAAAAUGAGGAUAGUGAUUGGGAAAGUGAAUUUGAUGAACCGGAAGAAGACCAGGAGGAAGAUGAAGACGAGGAGGAGGAAGAAGAACAAGAAGAGGAGGAGGAAGAAGAAGAAAGUGAAGACAAAUUAAGUGAAGAAGACGAAGAAAGCGAAGAACUUGAAGAAUCCGAACAGCAACAUUCAAAUGGCAAACAAAAAGCACCAGUUCUUUCGGAAUGUGAGCAAGACGAUGAUAGAAACGAUGCUGGGCACUUACCAAAUCAUCUCGAUGGACUCGAACAAAACGGAACUGAGCAAUAUAGACAAACCCAGCCUCCCUCCGUUCACAGCCUACCUCCAAUAGGACGAACAAACAAAUUUCCCGAAGAUGCCUUGGUGGAAGAGCUACUUUUUCUCAAGGAAACAAAGACCCUCGAGGCAUACGACGCUAGAAAAGAUGCCCUGCUACACAGUUUGGAGACUCGACGCACAGACAUCAAAAGACGGAAGCUUCAACCUCCUACAUUUGAGGAGUCGCCACAGCCCACAUUCUUUAAAGAUAUGUGGGGCUCUACAGACAUGGACAACUUUUGCGACGGCCACCUUCGCAGAUCUUGGAAUAAAACAUACGCCAAAUAUUAG